AUGAGAAGAAAGUUGGUGUUCAGUGGAUGGGGCUCGAAAGACCUGCUCGAGUUCCUUGCUUCAAUAGGGAAGGAGACGGCCGAGCAAUUGUCUCAACAAGAAGUCGUCGGGAUAAUUUCCAAGUACUGUGCUGAUAACAGCCUGUUUGAUCCGGAGAAGAGGAAGAGGAUUCUCUGUGACGCAAAACUUCAGACACUUUUCAGGCGGAAGUGGAUCAGUAAGAAUGGCAUCCAUACACACGUGGGGAAGCAUUUUGCCGAGAACCAAUCGGAUGAUCAUGGUGAUGAUGAUGAUGCGAUGGAGGUAGAUGAACAGGUUGAUCAGGGGCUUGAAGUUGGUGAAGGGAGUGGUGAGAAUUAUGUAGCGUCGUCUGGUGAGAAGAGGAAGAGGAAAUCAAGGCCCAAAGCUGGUUGCCAGAAGUUGGGGAAGGAGGUUAUGGUUGUGCGAAAAGGGUUGUUUGCAUCGGUUACUGCUGAGAAUAUCAAACGCGUUUACCUGAGGAAGAAUGUGUUGGAUGAGUUGAUGAAGGAGACGGAGAGCUUCGAUGCUAAAGUUGUGGGAUGUUUUGUGAGGAUCAAGACUGAUCCUUAUGACUACUCUAGGACAACCUCCCAUCUGCUUGUUUUGGUGAAAGGUAGUUCUCCCAUUUUCAUUGCUGUUGUUGGUGUAAAGAGAACUCCAGGAAAUGCUGAAAUGGGGGAUUCUGUUCUUCUGGAGGUUUCCUGUGUGCUGAAAGAUGUACCCAUUUCUAAGGUUUCUGAUGAUAAUUUCACUGAGGAUGAAUGUGAGGACCUGCGUCAACGAGUUAAGGACGGCCUGCUUAAAAGGCCUCUGAUUGCAGACUUUGAGGAGAAGGCUCAGAGUCUCCAUGAGGCUAUAACAAGAGAUGUAUGUACCCUUAGUUCCUUGUUCAAGAAUUACAUUCUUCUAUUUUCCUUUUUCAAUGUUUAUAGAAAGUUUUGCAAACCCUUAACUAGUUCCCUGCCUACGCUUGCCGAGUACUGGGAAACAUGGAACAAUCUCCAAACACCCGAGGAGCAAUCUCGGCUGCUACAGAAAUUCCCAGAGAUCGAUGCAGAUGAAGAGGCGGCUGAAUCAGCAUGCAAGGAAAUACCAAGGCAUGAAGAGCAAGCAACGUUUCUACAACCAGGAGAAGUUUUGAUAAAAGCGAAACCAUCCAAAUGUCUAAUCAGAGAGGGAACUUCGAGUCCACGCAAUGUGGUGGAAGCUACAGGAAAUGCCAUUAAAGCUGCUCAAACCUCUCCUCCUGCUCGUACUGCAUCACUUUCUCCUGACAACAACGUGGUGGAUAAAAUCAGGGAAGAGGGGAUCCAAAAGGUGGUCGUAAACACCCAGAAACAUAUAUUCCUUCCUCCUGACAACAUGGAGAAAACCAGACAAGAGGAUCUCCGAAAAAAGGCGGCCAAAACUACUGAGAAAGAAACACCUGCAGCAGUACCCUUUCCCAUGGAAAAAAGCAUAGAGAAAGAUGCACCCAAAGUGGCAUCAAACACAGAUGAGCAAACCGGCAAAGAGCCGAGCCAAAAGACCGAAAAGUGUGCUACAGGAAAGAUCGAGAUCAUCGAUCUGAGCGACGAUGAUAAUACAAGACCUGCCGCCAUCAACAAUCAAGCAGCAGCAACAGAAAACGUCAACGCCAAAAUGUGGCACUGCAUGAGUGUACGACAAGGACUGCGUCUUGGAGGGCUCUACCCCAUCUCUCUGCUGAGGAAAUGGAGAGAUUCCAGCUCCAACCCUUCGGCACUGCACUUCAAGGUCUGGAAGGAGGGACAGAGAGAGGAAGAAGCAAUUCUUCUGGAAGAGGCAAUUCGUCGCGCCUAUGGUUUGAAGUGAAAAAAUAGUCAUCUCUAUGCGCCCGUCUGGGAUACCCUGGUUUUUGGGAUAAGUCGAUGAAGAACUACAGACCUCAGUGAAAUAUUAAUUUAGAUUAUGAAUAGACCUCAGUGAUUUUAAGUUGAUUAUAGUUCUGAAUUUCUAAUUGAAAUCCCUUGACAGACUUGGGAGUUUAUAGCUUUAUACAGAGUUAAAAAUAAGGAGGAUCUGUUGAACUAUGAA